UCGUUCUCUUCUUCUUCUUCUUCAAAGCUAUUCUUCUGUCUCUCGAUCUACAUGGGAAUGGCGUCACUCACUUUCCGAUGCGGAUCUGCUCCUCUUCUCCCUUCGUGUAAUCUUCAAGCGGCGAAACCAUUUAGAAAGAGCUGGUUAUGCCCCGGGAUCAUGUCGGACAAGCUGAUGGGAAGAUUGUAUGAAAGAGUCAGAUUCGCGGUGAUGUCUGGGGAGGGAGAUGUUCUGUUUUAUUCCAACAGCAAUGGAGCUGCAGGACAGGAGAGUUUGGUUAUGAAGCAACCGGGUCAAUUGGUAGGGGUUGAGGUUCCACCAGAAUUGACUGCAUUUGGAAUGCUUGCACCUGAAAUGAUUCCCCCAAUGGCGGUUCCCUCUGGAUGUGAAGCUGAAGAGUACAAUUUAGACCGGCCUACAGAAGGGUUUGCCUCCAUUCCUGAGGCUGUUGAGGAUAUUCGCCAGGGCAAGCUGGUGAUUGUUGUAGAUGACGAAGACAGAGAAAACGAGGGCGACCUUAUAAUGGCGGCGUCAUUGGUAACACCAGAAGCUAUGGCUUUUAUUGUUAAUUAUGGGACUGGAAUUGUAUGUGUGAGCAUGAAAGGCGAAGACUUGGAAAGGCUGGAGCUUCCCCUGAUGGUGACACAAAAGGAGAAUGAGGAAAAGCUUUCCACAGCUUUCACCGUCUCAGUGGAUGCAAAACGGGGAACAACAACAGGUGUUUCAGCUCGUGAUAGAGCACAAACAAUAUUAGCUCUUGCAUCAAAAGAUUCUAAAGCUCAAGACUUUAAUCGGCCUGGUCAUAUUUUUCCACUGAAGUACAGAGAGGGCGGUGUUCUUAAAAGAGCAGGACAUACUGAAGCUUCUGUAGAUCUAGCUGCAUUGGCUGGCUUAGAUCCAGUAGCGGUUUUAUGCGAGAUUGUAGAUGAUGAUGGCUCUAUGGCUAGAUUACCAAGGCUCCGCCAGUUCGCUCAGGGAAACAACUUGAAAAUAAUUUCGAUUGCUGAUUUAGUCAGGUACCGGAGGAAAAGAGAGAGAUUAGUGGAAUUGGCUGCUGCUGCACCUAUUCCAACAAUGUGGGGACCUUUCAAAGCGUAUUGCUUCAGAUCAUUGCUUGAUGGAGUUGAGCACAUUGCAAUGGUUAAAGGAGAGAUAGGGGAAGGGAGAGAUAUACUGGUGAGAGUGCAUUCAGAAUGCUUGGCAGGAGACAUAUUUGGUUCUAGCAAAUGCGCAUGCGGAAAACAACUAGAAAUGGCAAUGAAACAGAUAGAGGCGGCCGGGAGAGGAGUGUUGGUGUACCUUCGAGGCCACGAGGGAAGAGGCAUCGGGUUAGGCCAUAAGCCACGAGCCUACUCUGAUCCGUCAGAGGCCGUGGAAGAGCAGACGGGGUCGGCUUCCGAGUCACGGGAGUAUGGGAUUGGUGCACAGAUUCUGAGGGAUCUGGGGGUGAGGGGGAUGAAGCUGAUGACAAACAACACAGGAAGCUACGUGGGUCUGAGAGGGUAUGGUCUCUCCAUCUCCGCAAGGGUUCCUCUCUCGCCCCAUUAAAGACAAAAAGAUAUCCCUUUUUGAGUUUCUCUGUCUUAAGGCCUUGGGGUUGGAUUUGUAGGUGGGUGAUAUUGACUGCUCAUUCCCCUUUUGUUUUACACUUUUUUUAGAAUUAAAUUAUAUAUAAUUGCCGUUGAUUACAUAUCUGAA